UCAUGGUUGUUGACCGACUCAGCCGGUGUGACUUACACUUGUCGCUAUCUGGUCACGGCUAUGAACAUUCUUAACGAGCCCGCUCUGUCCAACAUCCCUGAUGUCCAGGAUUAUAAAGGGCAGACAUGGCACACAGAUCGGUGGCCGAGCGAAGGUGCGAAACUUGAAAGGAAGCGUGUGGCUGUUAUCUGGACGGGCGCGACCGGUAUCCAGAUUAUUCAAGAGAUUGUCAAGACGGCAGGAUCUUUGACAGUCUAUUGACAGAUUACGCAUUGGACAGCACCACUACGAAACACAAAGAUUAGCCCAGAGGAAAUUGCGCAAAUUCGGCAGCCAUAUCCCGAAACAUUUCAACGAUGCCUCGACUCCUAAGCAGGUUUCAUUCACGUUGGUGACAAAAGCAGUGUCUUCGAUAUGGAAGAGGCGGAAUGCCUGAGGCUUCCUGGGUUCUCGAAAGUUUUGAGUUCCUCGGGUGACGUUUAUUGUGCAAAUCGAGAAGAAAACAAACUUCACAGCGAUUUUCAAGCCGACAAAAUUUGCCUGCGUAUCAACGACCCAGACAUCGCCGAGAAGCUUAUUCCCAAAAAUCACGGGUUUGGUAGCCGUCAGGUGCCUCUUGAAAGCGGUUACUACGAAGCUUUGAAUCGAUCGAACGUUCGUCUAGUUGACCUGACCGAAAGUCCUAUCGAGUGGAUUACGGAUAAAGACAUAAAGAAGCGGGAGGAGGAGUUUGAGUUUGAUAUCGCUUUUUACGCAACUGGGUUUGAUGCCGUCACAGGCUCGGUUAAGGCAGUUGAUUUCCAUCGGGCAGGCAGGACGAGGCUCUCAGAUGUCUGGAGCGAAGGCAUCCGGACUUUCUUUGGGAUGACCGUCAAGGGUUUUCCAAAUAUGUUCAUGUAUCAUGAUAAUGGGACCCUACAGAUAUUUGGAAAUAACCCUCGGAUUAUCGAAUAUGCUGCUAAGUGAGUAGCACAUUUUCUUCGGUACGCCCGAGAUCGGAAGCUCAGUUUUGUUGAAGCUACCAAAGAAGGACUGCGUACGUGGACAGAACAUGUUUUUCACUAUGGUGUGGAUUUGUUGGUAAACGAGGUUGAGUCGUGGAUGACUGGUAUCAACAGAAAUUUG